GAUAAAAUAAUGAAUUCCAAGGACAAAACAACUCCACUGACUACGAAAAAACUCUAUCAGUUACAUCCUGAAAUGGAAAACAUUCUAAUUGUCGCUAUGGUCGUGGGUAAAACUGAACCAAAUAUAUUUCUAUCGAGGAAUGAUACUCAGCAUAAGGGAGUCAUGACAUUCACCUUGCGCGAUACCUCUCAACACAUUGUCAAUUGUAAAUUCUGGGGUACACGGGAAAAAGUGGCACAGCUGAAUGAACAUAUACAAAUGGGUGACAUUGUGGAUAUUGUUUGCCCGAAAAUAUCGAUGUUAAGUCAAAAGGCAGAGGCCUUAGAAUCGAAACAGGCUCAAUAUCAACCGGUUAGUUCAUUGCCAAUAACAUUGGUGGUCAACGAGGGCCAGGGAUUGAUUGAGAAACAUAGUUAUCAUGAUUUGGAUAAAUAUACGGAGAUAAGAUUGCUGUCGCAUCAAUCCCAUAAACCCUUGUAUUCCGUUAUGAAUUUGGCUGAUGUCCAGGCGACAUUUAGUGAUUCCAAAGCACAGGCAUUUCAUACGGAUUUUUUGGUUGUUGUGGGAUUGCUACGUCGGCCGCGUGAUGUAAAUGCCAGCAAGGAGGGCAGACAACGUCGUUGUCUGGAAAUUGUGGUAUUUGAUCAAAGUCUAACCAGUGGUAUGACCUUUACCAUAUGGCAUUCGGAUUGGAUCGAUCGUGCCGAAGCCUCAUGGCAGCCAAUGAAAACGGUGCUACAUCUAAUUGAUGUAAAGGUUUCGUAUUCCAAUUUUUAUAAGGGUUGCAUUUUGAGCUUCACCUCGAAGAGUAUUAUCUAUGAAAACCCGGUGGGCACGGAGACGCAGCACUUGAAAACAUUUGCUGCAACCUUGCCGAAGACGCCUUUCGAUAUGGCCAUGCAGGCAAGUAAUACCGAUGCAUUGCCAAAGGCUGAUGAUAUCCAAACCGUAAUGACGGUGAGGCAAAUUUAUGCCCGAGCCGAGGGUCAUUUGAGGGAUACCAGUGAACAAUUUACCGCCAAGGUAUAUGCAAUGGUGACUCACUUUGAUAUCGAUUGGCCGGAACAUGUUUUGAGUAAGAAGUGCAAAUCCUGCAACCGUUAUAUCGCUGCCCGCAAAGAUCUCUGCGACAAUGAUCAGUGCCAGCUGGCAUUUUCAUUUGGCUAUAGUGGGGAUAAAUACGAUUACUUUUUUAAUAUAAAUCUCCAACUGACCGAUCAUACAGGAACCUUGGUCGAAGCUCGUCUAACCGAUACCACUGCCAUGCAGAUUUUAUCCUUCAAUUGUGAUCAGUAUCUCAAACUGAAUCAACAAGAAUUGGAACAAUUGAAAUGGCGUUUCCUUCUCAAUCAUGUCGAAGCAAAGUUACUAAUCAAAAAAUCGAAUAUGCUGAGGCGUAAAAUGUUGGCCCUGAUAAUCGAUUUGAAACCAAUCGAAUUGGAACAAUUAACCGAAAAUAUAGCUGUAUUUUGA